AUGUACCGCAUAACAGGCGACAAAUCCCUCCAAGAUGCCGUCUGGUGCAUGUUCUCCAGCAUCGAGAAACUCUCCCGCACCAAACUCGGCCACGCAGUCAUCAACGAUGUUCGGGACAAGAAUUCCGACGAGUCGGACUUCAUGGAGAGUUUCUGGCUUGCGGAGACAUUGAAUAACUAUGAUCAUUUCAUCGCCGUGUGUGGUGUAACCCUUCCGGAGCUCGCUAGAUCGGUUCAAUAUUCAGCCGAUCUUCACUACUUUCAUCAACGUUGGCUGGCUAUCACGCGAGGUGCAGUUGUUUGCUUUGUUGAUAACUACGGCGUUACCUCCUUUUUUCCUUCCUCAUGCCAAUUAUCCUCGUCGAUAGCUACCUAG